CAGAGCUGUUCUGGAUGGUAGAGGCGUCGAGGAAAAACUUAGCAUGUAGUAGUGGAGUAGUGAGAAAUGAAACUCAUGUGACGUGAUUGGCAAAAAGAGAGAAAACAAACUCAUAUGACAGGUGUAACUUUGUAUGUGUCGUGUGUUAUAUGAGGAAUAAUGUCGGGUCUACCAUCACGGAUUUUAUUUUAUCCCACACUCGCUUACAAUGUCGUCAUGGAAAAGAUCAGCUCGAGACAGUGGUUUAAUCGGGUAGAUCAGACUGUCAUACUUGGUGCGCUUCCGUUUAAAUCAAUGACAGAAGAGCUCGUCCAAAAAGAAAAAGUAAGAGGAGUUAUUACCAUGAAUGAAGAAUUUGAAACGAAAUAUUUCUGCAAUACAGCCGAGGAGUGGCAAGAUGCAGGCGUGGAGCAAAUCAGACUCAGCACAGUGGACCUGGUAGGUGUUCCUAGUCUAGAGUACAUCCACCAGGGUGUUGAGUUUGCCUUAAGACAUCGAGAGCAAGGCACCAGUGUCUAUAUUCACUGCAAAGCUGGCCGCUCACGCAGUGCGACUAUUGCAGCUGCAUACCUCAUCAGGCUACAUGGUUGUACUCCAGAGGAGGCAUAUAAGAUGCUAGUGUCAAUCCGGCCUCACGUUUUGAUACAUUCAGGGCAGCUGGAUAUGUUGCAGAAAUACUACAAGGAAGUGUUUGGCUCAGAGUCCAGCUAGAAGAUACAAAACACAAAUGCUGACAUGUAUGCCGAAAGCAUACUUUGUGUGUAAAACAUGUUUUCCAUAGAUCUUUAAUGUUUUUUUUCUUGGAGUGUUUUUCUAUAGAGACUUUUAAGAAUUUGUAUGCUAUACGUACAUAAAGACACACUGUAUGUUUAAUAAGCGUGAGAUCAUUAUGUGACAUUAUUUUAAACUGUGAUUAUAUCCAUCUGGGGCAGCAGCUACAUUGUGAAUAAAACAGUCAUGUUCUAUCACCAUUUUAUAUUUUUAGCUAUUUUAGGUAUUGCUAAUCAUAUUUAUUUUUUACUGAUUUUACAAUAUUAGUGUGUUUGUAUUAUAACUUCUUUGCAAUCCACACAAGAUCCUGUUUCAGUUUCUUU